UCCAUGUGGGUCUCUGGACAGAGGAAACCUGAUGUUACUUUGGAUUUUAUGCUUCCAAGAAAAACAAGUUUGUCAUCAGAUAGCAAUAAGACAUUCUGCAUGAUCGGCCACAGUUUAUCAUCCCAAGAGGAGUUUUUGCCGUUGGCUGGAAAAUGGCACCUGGGAAAUUUGCUCCUCUUCAACGGGGCUAAGGUUGGUUCCCAAGAGGCCUUCUACCUCUAUGCUUGCGGACCCAGCCACACCUCCAUCAUGCCCUGUAAACACGGCACGCCUGCGAGUGACUACUCCAAAUACAUCAAUAAAGACAUUUUGCAGUGUGACCAAAUCAGAGAGCUUUUUAUGACCAAGAAAGAUGUGGACAUUGGUCUCUUAAUUGAAAGCCUUUCGGUUGUCUACACAUCGAGCUGCCCUGCUCAGUACACCAUCUACGAGCCGGUCAUUAGACUUAAAGGCCAGGCGAGAGCCCCGCUCUCCCAGAGGCCCUUCAGCUCGAAGGACGUGCAGAGCGUCUCGCUGGAACCCCACCAGCUGAGGAGCCUGCGGCCCGCUCACUGUGAGACUCUCCAGGGCGUCCUGCACGAGAUCGGGGGCACCGGGAUCUUCGUCUUUCUCUUCGCCAGGGUUGUGGAACUCAGUAGCUGUGAAGAAACGCAAGCAUUAGCACUGCGAGUUAUACUCUCGCUAAUUAGGUACAACCAGCAGAGAAUACAGGAGCUAGAGAACUGCCAUGGGCUCUCCAUGAUUCAUCAGGUGCUGAUCAAACCAAAAUGCACUGUUGGCUUUCACAUCCUGAAGACCCUCCUGGAAGGUUGCUGUGGUGAAGAGAUUCUUUAUGUCGAUGAGAACGGAGAGUUCACGUUAGAUGUGGAGUCGAAGGCUCUCAUCCAAGAUGUCAAACUGCUCGAGGAGCUGCUGCUCGACUGGAAGGUCUGGAGGAAAGCAGAGCCAGGUGUGUGGGAGGCGCUGCUGGCGGCCCUGGAAGUGCUCAUCCGGGCAGACCACCCGCAGCAGAUGUUCAAUGUCAAGCAGCUGCUGCGAGCGCGAGCCGUUCAUCACUUCCUGCUGACUUGUCAGGUUCUGCAGGAACACAAAGAGGGGCAGCUUACCUCCAUGCCCCGAGAGGUUUGUAGAUCAUUUGUGAAAAUUAUAGCAGAAGUCCUUGGAUCUCCUCCAGAUUUGGAAUUAUUGACAAUUAUCUUCAAUUUCCUUUUAGCAGUUCACCCUCCUACUAAUACUUACAUUUGUCACAACCCAACAAACUUCUACUUUUCUUUGCACAUAGAUGGCAAGAUCUUCCAGGAGAAAGUGGACUCGAUCGUGUCCCUGAGGCACUCCAGCAGCGGAGGGAGGGCCGGCCCCCGCCCGGGGCUGAUGCUGAUCAGUCCCUCUGGCUUCACCGCGUCCCCGCCCGAAGGACACAGCUCCUCCGGCAGCAUUCCCCCUCGGACGGGGGCCAGCCUGCGGCGUUCCAGAAGCCUGCCCGUGCUCCCCACGUCCUCCCUCGUGCCACCCCGGACACUGGCUGGAGGCUCGGACGGGGGCCUUAACAGGGUACCGAGUGCUGCAGGCAGCCCUGUGGCUCCCCAGCCUGAGCAGUGGAACUCCCCCGGGAGCUCAGAGACGUUGAAGCAGGGCGAGGAGGAGGCGUCCAUCAGCAGCUGCGAGUCCGCAGAGGCUGUGUGUGAGGGGGACGCUGGCCUUCCCCGACCAGCCUCCGUGGCUGGCGUCCCCAGAGGAACCCCAGAGUGUCCGGGGGUCGGCGUCGAUCAGAAGGAGUUGGAGGCAGAGUCCAGAGCGGAUGGUGAUGGCCCUGGGGACGCGUCCUACCCACGCCGCCCCGACGACCUGCGGGGACUGGCCUCAUUCCAGCGCAGCCAGAGCACCGUGGCGAGCCUGGGGCUGGCCUUCCCCUCGCAGAGCGGGUCUGUCCCCAUGCGCCGCUGGCCCAGCCUGGUCGACAGGAGCGCUGAGGACUGGGCCAGCCUGGCCUUCUCUCCGGGUUAUGAGCCCAACUACCUCCGCACCGCACACACUCCCAGGGUCACUGAGGACGCUCUGGUCCCCAUCUGCUGUGGGCUGUACGAGCUCCUCAGUGGGGUGCUCCUCAUCCUGCCCGACGCGAUGCUCGAGGACGUGAUGGACAAGCUCAUUCAGGCCGAGGUGCUGCUGGUCCUGGUGAACCACCCCUCCCCUGCCAUCCAGCGAGGAGUCAUUCAGCUGUUAGAUGUGUAUUUUAAUAGAGCAUCUAAGGAACAGAAAGAUAAGUUUCUGAAGAAUCGUGGCUUUUCCUUGCUGGCCAACCAGCUGUACCUGCACCGGGCGACUCCGGAGCUGUUGGACUGCUUCGUAGAAAUGUUCUUCGGUCGACACAUUGGCCCUGAUGACGAGUUUGAUCAGGAAGAUGUGAGAAACCUGGGCCUUUUUCAGAAGUGGGCUGUCAUUCCUGUCCUGGGACUAAUUGAGACCUCUCUGUAUGACAACACGCUCCUGCAUAAUGCUCUGCUACUUCUUCUCCAAAUAUUAAAUUCGUGUUCGAAGGUAGCAGACAUGUUGUUGGAUAAUGGUCUUCUCUACGUGCUGUGUAACACAGUAGCAGCCCUGAACGGAUUGGAAAAGAACAUUCCUUUGAAUGAAUACAAGUUGCUUGCUUGCGAUAUACAGCAACUUCUCGUAGCUGUCACAAUUCACGCUUGCAGCUCCUCGGGCCCCCAGUAUUUCAGAGUGAUCGAAGACCUCAUUGUGUUGCUUGGGUAUCUUCAAAACAGCAAGAACAAGAGGACACAAAGCAUGGCCGUGGCGCUGCAGUUCCGAGUCCUCCGGGCCGCCAUGGAGUUCAUAAGGACCACCGCGAACCACGACUCAGACAGCUUCACCGAGUGCUUCCAGGCACCUUCUCCCCAGCACGCGGUCUUUCCCAAGCGGAAGAGCAUUGCUGGUUCAAUUCCGGUGAAGGGCUGCGCUCUUCCUCACCUCCCGAGGCGCCAUUUUCGUUCCUAUGGUCACCUCCCGAUGCCCUCCUCCUCCCCUGCGUUCAGGCGAGACUCCUCCCCCCCAGGCUCUCCCGGAUCCGCUCCCUGGGUGGCACCUCUCGGAGCAGGUCCUUGGAAAUGUCCCCUUGCCCACACGGACCCCUUUCUGAUGCGCAUGCGCUCGGUGGCGAGCGAUGAACUUCACGUGAUGAUACAGCGGAGGAUGAGCCAGGAGAGCCCGGUGCAGGCGAGCGAGGCCGAGCUGGUGCAGAGGCUGCAGAGACUCAUCGUGCUGGCGGUUAACAGACUUAUUUACCAAGAGUUUAAUCCAGAUGUUGUUGCCAUUUUGAGUACUCCAGAAAAUGCCACUCAGAGCAAGACCUCAGCUUCCCAGACUGAAAUUUCUGAAGAAAAUAGUCAUCGUGAACAGAUUUCCGUUUUCAAUCCAUUUCAGAAGGAAAUACUGACAUACCUCAUAGAAGGAUUCAAAGUAUCUGUUGGUUCAAGUAAACCCAGUGGUUCCAAGCAGCAGUGGGCGAAGAUCGUGUGGUCUUGUAAGGAUACCUUCCGCAUGCAGCUGGGGAGACUGCUCGCCCACAUCCUGUCCCCAGCCCACCCUUCCCAGGAGAGAAAGCAGAUUUUUGAAAUAGUUCAGGAGCCAAAUCAUCAGGAAAUACUACGAGACUGCCUUAGCCCAUCCUUGCAACAUGGAGCCAAGUUAGUUUUGUAUCUGUCGGAGCUGAUCCAUAAUCACCCGGAGGAGCUGACUUGGGAGGAACUGGACGCGGCCCAACUGCUUAUGAGCGCGUUGCAGGCGUGUGGCCACAGGGGCCCCCCUCCCAGCGCGGCCGCAAAGCCAGAGCUGCUCCGAGUCAUCAGAGAGGAACAAAAGAAAUAUGAAACUGAAGAAGGUGUGAAUAAAGCCACCUGGCAGAAAACAGUUAAAAAUAAUCAACAAAGUCUCUUUCAGCGUCUCGAUUCCAAAUCAAAGGAGAUAUCUAAAACAGCCGCAGACAUCACCCAGGCAGUGUCUCUCUCCCAAGGAAUUGAGAGGAAGAAGGUGAUCCAGCACAUCCGGGGGAUGUACAAGGUCGACCUGAGCGCCAGCCGCCACUGGCAGGAGCUGAGUCAGCAGCUGACGCACGACAGAGCCGUCUGGUAUGACCCCACCUACUACCCCACUUCCUGGCAGCUGGAUCCCACAGAAGGGCCGAAUCGAGAGAGGAGGCGUUUGCAGAGAUGCUACCUAACUAUUCCCAACAAGUACCUCCUGAGGGACAGGCAGAGGCCGGAAGGCGUGGUCAGACCGCCCCUCUCUUACCUCUUCGAAGACAAAACUCACUCUUCUUUCUCUUCUACCGUAAAAGACAAAGCUGCAAGUGAGUCUAUCAGAGUGAAUCGCAGGUGUAUCAGCGUCGCCCCGUCUAGGGAGACAGCUGGCGAGUUGUUAUUGGGUAAAUGUGGAAUGUAUUUUGUGGAAGAUAAUGCUUCUGAUACAGUUGAAAGUUCGAGCCCUCAGGGAGAAUUGGAACCAGCGUCCUUUUCCUGGACGUACGAGGAAAUCAAAGAAGUCCACAAGCGCUGGUGGCAGCUGAGAGACAACGCCGUGGAGAUCUUCCUGACCAACGGCCGGACGCUGCUGCUGGCCCUGGACAGCACCAAGGUUCGCGACGACGUGUACCACAGUAUCCUGACCAACGACCUCCCCAACCUUCUGGAAUACGGCAACAUCACCGCGCUGACCAACUUGUGGUACACCGGGCAGAUUACUAACUUUGAAUAUCUGACGCACUUAAACAAACACGCCGGCCGAUCCUUCAACGACCUCAUGCAGUACCCAGUGUUCCCCUUCAUCCUGGCUGACUACGUGAGCGAGACCCUCGACCUCGGGGACCCGUCUGUCUACAGAAACCUCUCCAAGCCCAUCGCCGUGCAGUACAAAGAGAAGGAAGAUCGCUACGUGGACACAUACAAGUACUUGGAGGAAGAGUUCCGCAAAGGAGCCCGCGAGGACGACCCGCUGCCGCCCGUGCAGCCCUACCACUACGGCUCCCACUACUCCAACAGCGGCACCGUGCUGCACUUCCUGGUCCGCAUGCCGCCCUUCACCAGGAUGUUCCUGGCCUACCAAGAUCAAAGCUUUGACAUCCCGGACAGAACCUUCCACUCCAUGAACACGACCUGGCGCCUCUCCUCCUUUGAGUCCAUGACUGACGUGAAGGAACUGGUCCCGGAGUUCUUCUAUCUCCCGGAGUUCUUAGUCAACCGAGAAGGUUUCGAUUUUGGAGUGCGGCAGAAUGGUGAGCGGGUGAAUCACGUCAACCUGCCGCCGUGGGCACGGAACGACCCGCGUCUCUUCAUCCUCAUCCACCGCCAGGCUCUGGAGUCGGACCACGUGUCCCAGAACAUCUGCCAGUGGGUGGACCUGGUGUUCGGGUACAAGCAGAAAGGGAAGGCGUCCGUCCACGCCAUCAACGUGUUCCAUCCCGCGACGUAUUUUGGGAUGGAUGUCUCUGCGGUUGAGGAUCCGGUGCAGAGGCGAGCGCUGGAAACCAUGAUCAAGACCUACGGCCAGACGCCUCGCCAGCUGUUCCAGGCGGCCCACGUGAGCAGGCCGGGGCCCAGGCUCAGCCUCGAGGGAGAGCUGCCUGCGGCCGUGGGGCUGCUCGUGCAGUUUGCCUUCAGGGAGACCCGGGAGCCGGUCCGAGAAGCCCCCCACCCGAGCCCUUUGUCGUGGAUAAAAGGCCUGAAGUGGGGGGAGUACGUGGGCUCCCCGAGUGCCCCGGUGCCCGUGGUCUGCUUCAGCCAGCCCCACGGGGAGCGACUGGGCUCCCUGCAGGCGCUGCCCACCAGGGCCAUCUGCGGCCUGUCCCAGAACUUCUGCCUUCUGGUGACCUACAGCAAAGAGCAAGGCGUGCGGAGCAUGAACAGCACCGACAUCCAGUGGUCGGCCAUCCUGAGCUGGGGCUACGCCGACAACAUCCUGAGGCUGAAGAGCAAGCAGAGCGAGCCUCCCGUCAACUUCAUCCAGAGCUCUCAGCAGCACCAGGUGACCAGCUGUGCGUGGGUGCCCGACAGCUGCCAGCUGUUCACCGGGAGCCGAUGUGGCGUCAUCACCGCCUAUGCCAACAGGAUGGCGGGCAGCGCGCCUUCAGAGAUAGAGAUGGAGUCCCAGGUGCACCUCUAUGGGCACACGGAGGAGGUCACCAGCCUGUUUGUCUGCAAACCCUACAGCAUCCUGAUAAGCGUGAGCCGUGAUGGCACCUGCGUCAUCUGGGACCUGAACAGGCUGUGCUAUGUACAGACGCUGGCAGGACACAAAAGCCCGGUCACAGCCGUCUCGGCCAGCGAAACGACAGGCGACAUCGCCACUGUGUGUGACUCAGCUGGCGGGGGCAGUGACCUCAGGCUCUGGACGGUGAACGGGGACCUGGUGGGACACGUGCACUGCAGAGAGGUCAUCUGCUCCGUGGCCUUCUCCAACCAGCCGGAGGGCGUGUCCAUCAACGUGAUCGCGGGGGGACUGGAGAACGGGACCGUGAGGCUCUGGAGCACAUGGGACCUGAAGCCUGUGCGGGAAAUCACGUUUCCCAAGUCCAACAAGCCCAUCGUCAGCCUCACCUUCUCCUGUGACGGCCACCACCUGUACACGGCAAACAGCGAGGGCACCGUCAUCGCCUGGUGCCGAAAGGACCAGCAGCGCCUGAAGCAGCCCAUGUUCUGCUCCUUCCUGAGCAGCUACGCGGCCGGCUGAGGGCCGGGGGGCGUCCGAGAGCCUGGCGCUCCAUCAGGAUCUGUGGCUUCAGUUUAGGAGGCUGAGCCUGAAGAAACGAUGAGCAAACACACCUCCCAGAUGAUUAUAAAACCUCUUCAUCUGCACGGACCUCUGCAGCUCCCAGGGCGCUGGGCGGAGGGUCUCGCUGUAAGUGGUGGUCGGGAGGGUGACAGCGAGCACGGCCCGCAGGACUGGGGCCUCCGUGAGUCAGUCACACUCGUCAACUUUCUUCUACGGAAGAGAUGGCCCCCCGUUUCUAUCAUUCCAACAGUCUAUGCCGAGAUAACUCCUCACCACCUGCCCCCUGCCCCCCAAAAAAAGGAAAGUAAAAGGUCAAGAAGUCAGGACUUGGUGAUUACCAGGCGUUUUACGGGCUGGCUGGCCACCGGAACAGACGACUAACGACUCUGUUAAACAGCAGCUGCUGCCAGGCCUUCGCAGCUCAAACAGACCCAGAGUUUGUUGAUCUCCACCCACGAGAACAGGGGUAGCCUCGAUUCAGACACCUCUGUCUCCAUAAAAAUCCUGUUUAAAACCCAUAACACUAGCCACUGCCUGCCCUUCACCGAGUCACGAAGAUGGAAACCCGGUGAUCGCUCCUCACGGGAGCCUCCACUGCCGGGCGUGCACAGCCGGGCGAGCCGUCAGGCCAACGUGCAGGAGGCUUCCCCCCAGGGAAGUGACAGCUCGCUUUGUCUUAAAAAGGCUGGACAACCCCGCGGGACCGUUUCCACUCUGGUUCUGCUAACGGUGCCGCCUGAGAAUUCCAGCGACAGUGGGGACACCUCCCUGUGUGCCCAGCGCUGCCGCCAUCUGGACGGAACCCCAGAGCUCCGGGAACAGCCUCCCCCCUGGUUGCGGCCGUGUGUCCACUGGGAGCUGCUGCAUCGGCUGUGAAGACACUAAUAGCUGAGUGACACGUGCCCACACGAUACACACGUGUUCCUGCCUGAGAAUACCGGUGCGAUUGUGUGAAAUGUGACUCCUACGGUGUUUACAGAACUACUUUGUAACUUCCAGACUUUCUAAAACAUUCUGCGUAAAAACUGCAGGAAGCACGAUUCCUGAGUCUCCGCGUGGAUGGAUGCAAGAGGCAGCAGGGGCCGGGCCUCGACCUGGAGCCGCCGGGCCUGGAGCCGCCCCCACUGCCUCGCACAGACCUGGGGCUCCGGCCCAGGCGGAGGCGACCUUCCUCCUGUUCACGUUGCAGUGAUCUGCUUGUUUUAAAAAACUGCAGCUACUGUCUGCUUUCACUUUUCUACUGAGAGCGUUCAAUGAGUCCCAUUAGAAAAGGGUUGCUACUCAGUCCUUUAUUUUUAAGGCUGAAGUCCGUCAUUUAUCUAAAGAAAUAUGCAAAGUGACUGGUCUUGUAAAGAGUGCAAUGUUCUAUUUUUAUGUAAAAUAAACAUGAAUCCGGGGGGAUUAUUUAUUCAGCAUGAA